CGGCUGAUAGAGUAAACAAAUAAUGUGCUUCGUGUGAUUAUUCUCAAUUAUCGUAUAAAAAACCUUAUUAUUUGUGUAAGCUAGUCAUCAGCAGGGAAUUAAACACGAUGGCGGUGGCGACGGUGGAGAGCUCGACACUAGAUAAGAUACUAAGUUUUGUAAAUGACAAUGGCUACAAAGAACUCAUGCAGAAUUCUGCCAAAUUCAAUAUCAGAAUUCGCAAAGACCGAAUAUACAGGCAGCCAUAUAUUGAUGGACAGACAGGUGUGGCUCAGCGACACUGCCAUCUCUUUGUGAGCGACAAGCAACGCAUGCCGGGAAUACUUCAGGGGCAAGUGUACACAUACCCUGCCAGGCGUUGGAAAGCACAGAGACGGUCCUACCUCGGCUCUCUCAUGCAGGCAAACCAGGCCGACCCAGAUGAGCACACCAUCACAACUGUGGAGAACCCAGCGGCUAUUGUUGCAGCUGUGGAAGAGCCAGUCCAGCCAGAAAAAGUACCAGUGGUGAGAAAUCCACCGGUAAGUUUUGCUGAGACUUGGGCAUACUAUGACGAACCUCCCUUUGAAGACGAGUUGGAGGACGAGUUCGAGUCGGAGGAAGACUUUGACGACGAGACGUAUAACCGCAAGGGCAAGCGGAAGAAAGCAGCCCUGGGGAGAAAGCCGAGCAAGACUGCUGGGGGAUUACCUAAGAAAAGCAGCAAAAAGAAGACGACAGAGAGCGGCGGACAGAGCGGACGGAGGAAAAAGACGGCCCCAAAGACCCCGUCAAAGACCCCGAAGAACAUCAAGAAGGAGGAAGACGACCCAUCAGGCAAGCCCUAUGCCUGCGAACUGUGUGGGAUGCGGUACAAGACGCGGCCUGGCCUUACUUACCAUUAUGCCCACUCGCAUAAGGAGGAGAAGGAGGAGGAGGCUAAAGCUAAAGCCCCGACUAGGGCUAUCGAGCAAUCCCAGGCUUACGACUCAAGCCCAGACUUCUUGCCAGGCUUGCCACCGCAGCAGGCCUCGGCGUUCCCCCACUGGGGACAGGGCAGUUUCAGUCAAGGUCGCACGUCUGGCCGGCGUUCAGGUGCUGUCGGCCAGUCAAACGCAGGACCAGGACUGCCCUCAGGCAUUUCCCCCACAGCGGAGGUGGGUGGCGACAAGGGGAAGAAGAAAGUGUCAGCUUCUCCCUACUGUGACUUCUGCCUCGGCGAUGCAUCGGAGAAUAAGAAGACCGGGGCGCCUGAGAGUUUGGUGUCGUGCGCAGAUUGUGGUCGUUCAGGUCACCCAACAUGUCUUCAGUUUACUUCUAACAUGAUGAAGAGCGUUGUAAAGUACAGGUGGCAGUGUAUUGAGUGUAAGACGUGCAAUAUAUGUGGCACUUCUGAGAAUGAUGAUCAACUCUUGUUCUGUGAUGACUGUGACCGUGGUUAUCACCUUUACUGCCUCACCCCACCCCUGUCAGAACCCCCAGAGGGUGAAUGGUCGUGCUACCUCUGCCUCCGAGAAUUCCAUACCAAGUAAAGCCCUUGCUGGUGGCUAGUACAAUUCACAGAGUUGUUAAAUGUCAUCCAUCCAGCAUGUAGGAAGCAAGCACCAGAAGGUGGAUGCACAUUGAAGGUCGUCUAUUCAGUCACAAUAGGUUGUCUAGAGAGGCAUUUUGGAUAACUGGCUGGAUAGAGGAAGAGAGAAUGAGUGAGCAGCUUUCUGGUAUAGAGUGAUCUCAAGUGAUAUACGAGAACGUACUUUUAAUCUCAAAAAAAAAAGAUUGUUUUAUACCUGUUUACCAUGAGGAGGGGACGUCCCAAGAGCCCCAGCUUUCCAUGACAUUACGGUGUCACUUUCCUAUUUUUAGUGAAUCACAUAAUAAACAUUUAUUAUGACUUGAACUAGUUCUACUGAGGGACUGAAAUACCUCGUAUCAGGGGGGGAAUAGAGUAUGAAUUUCUACUUUUAAUUUUUUUUUUUUUUCCCCUUUUUAUCUCUUUCUUCCUCAGUAGAUAAAUUAAUGAUCUUUUGUGGAAAAAAGAUGCAUCAGAAGAACUCAAGAGUCACAAGGGUAUAGCAUGAAUCCAAAUAGUUUAGAAGAGCCAACACUUGCAUCUUGUGGUGUGAACUACGUGGGUGAAGGAGGAGGAAGAAUAAACACUGAGAGAAAAACUUUUCGUUGUUGUGGUUGUAACGAAAAGCAAAUUCAUUAUUGCAUCUCGGGAAUUGUGUCAAAAUUAGAUUUUGAAACAGUCUCAAAGAAUUACAAUGGAUGUAUUAUAGAAUGUAUGGUGAUAAGUACAUUGGCUUCAGAACUUCAAAGAGUUUAUUUUUACAGUGUACUUAAUAUCAAGGAGGGUUAGUACAAACAGUGAAAGUCAGUACUUCUCUCAGUUUACUCUCUUCAAAGCAGAUGGCACUACAUAAGAAAGGAGAGAAGAAAAGAAUAAAGCCAAGCUCGGCCUAGGACUUGUCUGAACCAAGUGCAUCUUUCUUUUCAGUUGAUGAGUACACCACACACAUGGAAUUAUCCUCUCUCUCGAGCAUCACCAAGGUAGCUUUAAAACAGUUCUAAGAAACCUCAAAGAUUAUAUGUAUAUAAUGCACAAAUCAGUACUGUUGAAUAAUAGGAAAUGUCACAAUUGUAUUUUGGACAUGUCAUUAUACAGGUUGAAGGAUCACAACUACUCAGAUAUUUUAACAAAUUCAAGGAAAGAUGCAACCAAGACUAUGUAUGUUGAUGUGUGGAAUGCUUGCAACUUGCAUAUCAGUAAUGAUAACAUUCAUAUGUGCUUUUGGUAUGUGCUGUCUUCAAUGAUGUCAAAAGGAUAAAUAUUUUAACUCGCUCUAUGCAGUAAAACUGUCAACAUUAAUGGUACUGAAAGCCUGUUUAGACUAUGAUUGUGAGAGAGAAAGAGAGUGAGUGAGUGAGUGAGUGUGUGUGGUAAUUCUUUAUCUUUAAAUGCCUACAUGUACUCAAACUGUUAGGUAUGUUGGCACUUUGUGCAUAUUCAUGGUAUAUGAUUCUUUUCUCUACCUUUUAACACAUAACACAUUCAAAAUUGCAUAUAUAUUUUCACAUGUAUUUAUGCAGACACUACACACAUUCAUGCUCAGUAUAAGAAUCACACUUCUACAGUGCAUGCAUACAUGUGUCUCUCUAUCUGUAUAUGUGCAUGUGUGUGUGUACAUGUCAUUGGUACUCCCUAAUCCCACUGCAAAAACUAACACACACACACACAUACACAAUAUCAAGUCCAGUACAUACAGUAUAGUAUUUGUCUGUAGAGUACUAAGUCAUUGCUUGGUAGCUCCCUUUAACUGGAUAUUUUUAAUUUUUUUAAAGUUAUUUUGAAAACACUGAUUAUAAUGGCUGAUCUCAUCUGUUUUACAUGUACAUUAAAAUAUUUUCCUUUCUUCUCUCCUACAGUUUUUGAUAAGAAAGAAUCAUAAUAUUAGUAAGAAUAUUAGUUGACUAUUUCAUUGAUAGCCUAGGGUGUAGAUCUGUUUCGAGAGAAU